AUGGGUGGAAUGCGUCUCCCCCGCCCAACGGGCAUCUAUGUCCCCAAUUCACCAAGAACCCUCACCAACGAUAUGAUCUCUCCACCACUAUCUCCAGAAUUCAGCUUCGACUCCGAGACUGUCACACCAUCCCUACUCCCAGCUCUAGAAUACAUCUCCAGCAAACUCCAACAAAGAAUGAUGCACGUCACCCUCCUCAUCGGCCGCGGAAAGCCCUACCCGACCGGUCAACCCUCCGACCUAAUGAUCAUCCCCAUCCACACAAUCGAGCCACAAGCAUGGCGAGUACUCGAGCGCGCCAUUGCUAAAGCCUCGAAAAAGUUCUCACUCGGCCCCAGCUGGACCGACGCCAUCAGCCGCAGCCAGUAUGAGCGCCAGGCAAACGAUCACCUCGUCAAGCAGUCCAUUCUCCAGAACGAAGUCAUCUUCAGCCAGGAGGGUCUAACCCUCCUGAACAUGGACCGCAUCUAUACCUUCAAGCGCCGCAUGUGCAUCCUCUCUACCCGCCCCUUUUCCCGCAACAACGAACAAUCAAUGUCAUCCUGCAUCCGGCUACUCCACCGCAUCGUCGCAGAUUUCUCCGGUCGCCCUUUCAGCAAAGCUUUCUUCCAUCGCGUCUAUGAGCAACUCGAUGUCCCGGAUGAGCAGCUCACUGCCGUCGCAGUUGCGUACAAGAAUGUCCACAACCAGGAUGCUAUCAUUCUUCCCGUUCAGGCUCCAGCUCCAGCUCCAAGCCCAGCUCCAGAGGCAGUCCCAGCCCUAGACCUAGCGCCAGUUGCGGCCAAGGUGGAGGCCGUUGUCCCAGCGAAAGCUACAACGAAGGCCCAACCCAAAGUCCAGGCAAAGGUUAAAGCGAAAGCCCAGCCCAAAGCCGAGAGAGUUAUCUUGAAGCCCAAGGCCGAUCCGAUCCCUAUCCGAGUGAAAGCCGAACGCCAUCGCGAAGUGAAGAGAUCGCCCAUCCAGACCGUGCGUGGUCGGAGACAGCCUCCACCGUCGAUGCGAGGGCAUAAUAAGCGUGGGCCCAAGACGCCUCUUUCUGCGUCGGAUGUUACUCCCAUCACGCGGAAUGAGUGGAAUAUCCUUGUCAGCCAGGAUAUUCGUGUGCAACCUAAGGUUACUAAGUGGACUCCGUCGCCGACCGUGCUGGCCGCUGCUUGA